AAACGAGUCCACCGCCAAGGAGGAAACCCAUCCCUUCAAAACAAGGAAAGCACACUGCCAAGGAAACUCGCGUACAGAGUGGGAGAAGAAUUGGGGAGGCCCAAAGCGCUCUCCGUUCCCUCUCUCUCUCUACAACUCCCUUUUCCAGGUGCUAGCUUCUAGUGUAUUUUCUGUGGCGUAAAGGACAUCCAAUAUGUUUGGAAGGGGUCCACGAAGGGGUGAUAACUCCAAAUACUAUGAGGUUCUUGGUGUUUCGAAAAGUGCCAGCGAAGAUGAGCUUAAGAAGGCCUACAGAAAAGCGGCUAUGAAGAAUCAUCCUGAUAAGGGAGGAGAUCCCGAGAAGUUCAAGGAGUUGUCUCAAGCUUAUGAAGUUCUCAGUGAUCCGGAAAAGAGAGAAGUUUAUGAUCAGUAUGGCGAAGAUGCCCUUAAAGAAGGAAUGGGAGGGGGUGCCGGGGCCCAUAGUCCUUUUGACAUUUUUGAGUCAUUCUUUGGUGGAUCAUUUGGGGGUGGUCACCACUUCGGCGGACCAUUUGGAGGCGGUGGUAGCAGCUCGAGGAGCAGGAAGAGACAAGGGGAAGAUGUAAUACAUACUCUUAGAGUUUCUCUAGAAGAUUUGUAUAACGGCACAACAAAAAAGCUCUCACUUUCCAGGAACAAAUUGUGCCACAAGUGCAAAGGGAAAGGUUCAAAGAGUGGAGCGACUGGAAGAUGCAACGGGUGUCGUGGCACUGGAAUGAAGGUUUCAACGCGACAGAUCGCACCCGGCAUGAUCCAGCAGAUGCAACAUGUCUGUCCUGAUUGCCGAGGAUCAGGUGAGGCCAUAAGUGAAAGAGACAAAUGUACACAGUGCAAAGGAAGCAAGGUUACCCAAGAAAAGAAAGUGCUGGAAGUGCAUGUCGAGAAGGGUAUGCAAAAUGGUCAAAAGAUAGUAUUUACCGGGGAAGCAGAUGAGGCGCCGGAUACCAUCGCCGGGGAUAUCGUCUUCGUGAUACAGCAGAGGGAACACCCCAAGUUCAAGCGGAAGUUUGAUGAUCUCUAUAUGGAGCACACCCUCAGUUUAACCGAAGCUCUUUGCGGUUUCCACUUCGUCCUAACUCAUCUCGAUGGCAGGCAGCUUCUAAUCAAAUCAGGACCCGGCGAAGUUAUUAAGCCCGAUCAAUCCAAGGCAAUAAACGACGAAGGAAUGCCACACCACCAAAGGCCGUUCAUGAAGGGUCGCUUGUAUAUCAAUUUUGACGUGGAAUUUCCCGAGCCCGGGGCUCUUUCCCCCGAGGCAUGCCGCGCUCUCGAGACUAUCCUGCCACCGAAACCCUGCCAGUCCGCAUUACCCAUCAACCUGGACGAGUGUGAGGAAACCACAUUGCAGGACGUGAACAUCGAGGAAGAAAUGAGGCGCAAGGAGCAGCAGAGGCAGCAAGAGGCUUACGAUUCAGAUGAUGAUUCGUCUUCAGAUGUGCACCGCGUGGCAUGUAACCAGCAGUAGUAAGGCCCGGGAGAUUGCCGAUUUGCUUAUCUAGGCUAGUGUAUUUUUGUUAUAUGGUCAUUUGGGAUAUAUAUAAGUAUUAUUGCUUUUUAAUUUGCAUUUUGAAGUUUAUCACUACAAGGUAUUUUUUAUUUGUAUUUUUUGCCUGAUUGCCUGAGUUAUCUCAUACCAUAAUAUUAUCACAUAUGAUAUGUAAUAGCCUAAUAGGUAUUUGACCUCUGCCCA